AUGCUGGUGGCGUUGCUGUACAGCGUGGUAUCUGAGGCCAUCGCCUGGUUGAACCUGGACGGCACAUCGGUCAAAACGCUACUGACGGACAUUCCGUCCAGCAAAGCGGUUAACUCCGGGUUGUUCCCGGCGAUUGUGGGCACCCUGUGGGUGAUGGGGAUAUGCAUCUUCGUAUCGUUCACCGUGGGCGUGUCGUCGGCCGUCUACCUGGAGGAGUACUCGGGCAGAAGCCGCAUUGCGGGGAUGAUCCAGACCAACAUACAGAACCUGGCAGCGGUACCCUCCAUCGUGUACGGCAUCCUGGGAUUGUCAAUUUUUGUGGCGUUCUUCGUGAUGGUCGCUCCGGGCUCGGACGGCAAGAACGUAUCCGCGGCGGGGCUCACGCUGGCGUUGCUGAUCAUGCCGGUGGUAAUCGUGUCCUCGCAGGAGGCGAUCCGCGCCGUCCCAUCCUCGAUACGGGAGGGCGGGUUUGCGUUGGGGGGGACCAAGUCGCAAGUUAUCUGGCGGCUGGUGCUGCCGCAGGCGAUGCCGGGCAUACUCACCGGCAUCAUCCUGGCGGUCAGUAGGGCGAUGGGAGAAGCGGCUCCGCUGGUUAUCAUGGGCGCGCUGUCCUUCGUGCCCUUCGCACCCACUUCGCCGCUGGACCGGUUUACGGUACUGCCCAUCCAGAUCUUUGUGUGGAUAUCCAAGCCACAGGAAGAGUUCCACCACCUGGCGGCUGCGGGGAUCGUUGUACUAUUGAUCAUGCUGCUGGGCAUGAACGCGUUCGCCAUCUUCCUGCGCAACCGACUGCAGAAGAAUUUACGGGGGUAA